AUGGCGUCCUCGGACGAGCCGGUGGCUGCGGCGGGAAGGGCACACUGCUCAAGAGUCCUUGCGGUGGCGGAAACUCCGGUGUCGCAUGCAAACCCCGGAGCAAUGAGCACAGCAGCUUGGCCGAGUCGGCAGGUCGGGUCGCUCAGCUGGGCGACCGCUUCCUGUCACCGGGGUUUUAUCUAUACCUCCCCCAGCUUCCAUCCGCAAUUCAAUUCUAUUCAUCCUCAUCCUGCCUUCUGUUUCUGCGGUUCUUGGCUUUUCGUUCAUGAGCUGACUGUCAUUCUUCUUGUCGCAGUGAGCGGCGGAGCUCACUCCCCGCCCUCGGACAACGAUGGGGGUGAGCGACCCGUUCGAAAACAGCUCAAAGAAACCUCAAUCGAUUCGACGCCCGCCGGAGAUCAGACCAUGAACGGGCGAAAGCGCUCCUUCGAAGAGUCGCGCGAUGACCACGGUGACCCCAACGAGAACGGCGACCACAGUCGGAAGCGAUCGCGGGAAUGCACACCGGAGGAGGCCAAGAAGACCGAGUCGGUCAAGGACAAGGAUGGAAUUUCCGGUUCCCUAUCACAAAAUGUCCCCAAGAAGAAGCGAAGCCGGGAGCAACUCGAAGAUGAGAGCUCGAAAAAGUCGGAGGCUUUGGGCGAAGCGGCCCAAGAGCCUAUUCAAACUGAGCCCUCUGAUGAAACUUCCGCAGCCAAGGGUGAACCGGAGAAGAAGAGACAUCGUGACAACUCACAGGAGCCUGAUACGAAGACUGACAAUGGAUUUGCCACAAGUGCAUUUGGCAAGGCGGCCGCUGCCUCUCCUUUUGCUGCAUUUGCAAAGCCAGCAGCCUCUACUGAAGAAUCCACACAGAAGACCACACAACCCUCGGCAUUUGCAUCGUCUAGCUUGUCUGCUUUUGCCGGUUCCGAAACCUCUCCAUUCAGUGCCCUUGGAUCAUCGACUUCCUCUGUCUUCAAGCCAGCCGGUGCUGGAUCGUCAGGCUUCGCAUCUGCCUCUGGAACAUCUGGAUUCGGUGCUCUUGGAAGUGGAUUCGCGGGAGUUGGUGGUGGUUUUGGUGCUGCUGGGAAAGCUGGCGGCUUGAGCAGCUUUGCGUCUUCUAAUGCCCCAGCCACUCUCGGCGAGUCCAAGCCCAAGGCCAUCGGCGCUGAAGAAUCCGAUGAAGAGGGCAGCGACAACGACGAAGAGGAGACGAGCACGUUCGAGGCAGAGAAGACCGAUGAACGUUUCUACGAGCAGACAAUCGAAACCGGCGAGGAACAAGAGUCUACCAUUUUCACCUGCAAAGCUAAGCUUUUCCAUUUCUCGAACAAAGAGUGGAAGGAGCGUGGGAUCGGUACCUUCAAGGUCAACGUCCGUGAGAACGCUAGUGGCAAGACUACUGGUCGCAUGAUCAUGCGUGCCGAUGGUGCUUUGCGAGUGAUGCUGAACAGCCCGAUUUUCAAGGGCAUGAACUACGGUGAUGCCCACAACAAUGCCCCAGAAAGCAAGCAGAUUCUGUUGGCCAGUAUGGAGGAUGGGAAGACUGUUCCUUUAUUGCUACGAACUGGCAAUGAAGCUUACGCGAAAGAGCUCUACGAGGUCAUUGGAGAUCUAUUGGAGAAGGCUUGA